CCAUAGUAUUUAACGCGACAACGCUAAGCAGAUUUCCAUCAGAAUUCGCUUCCGCAUUUCUCUGUGUGCUCCUCUUUCUUGCUAAAUUAUUUUCUUACAGCAAAUUGGUCUGCGAAUCAGGAUGAGCUGUGAUCCUCAGCCAGAGAUGCCAGAGGGCUACCUUGGUCCUCAAGAACGGUUUAAUGAGCUGGGACUAAGCGUUCAGUCACAUACCGACCCCGUUAUUACGGCUAGAGACAAUCAUUACGAAAUUAAGAUGAAACACAGAGGACCUAUCAAGGUUACUCACCAACUUCAGUCUUGCAAGGAUGAAAAGGACUACUCGGAAUUUGUUUUCACUCAGAUCAAGGAUGGAAUCGUUCAGCUCCUCCUCCACUUUCCCUCACCGGGUUGGUACAAGCUUCAGAUUUACGCCCUCCCGUUGUCAGACCCAAGCAAGUCAUUGCCGAACGUUUACAACUACCUAAUUCACUGCACCAAAACAUUAAACCCAUGUUUUCCCUUUCCGAAACAAUAUGUGCAAUGGAAGGAUGGCUGCUACCUGUAUGAGCCGUUGAACCUCUGCGAGUCUACUAAACUGACCCACGUCAAAUGGCGGGUCCUGAUACCCCACGCUAAACAGGUGGCGGUGGUCGUUGAUGACGAAUGGACCCACCUGGAGAACAAAGGCGGUCCCGUUUUCGAAGGCACGUGUAAUCUUAAUCAGUAUCGCGGAAAGGACAAAAAAGUUACGUUAAACGCAAACUUCGGAGAGGAUGAAAGCAAAUAUUCUACUAUGCUAGAAUACCACAUCAAAUAGACUGUUGUACAGUUCCAUAGUUAUACUU